CGUCGAUGAGGUUGGGUGGUAAGUCGGAAUGUUUCCAAAUCAAAAUGUCUUGUCGGGAAAGAGUGGAGACUAAAGGAAUGUCCUCUCUUGACAAGUUGUGAAUAAACUGCGAUGGCAGAACAACUUCGAAGUACUUUCUCUGUUUAGGUCAAAGAAAUAUGUUCAUCUGAAUGUACUUAUUAUUUGACAGGAAUGAUUUCUGUGGCAUGUUUUCUGUUGGCUUUUGCUUUAGCCGACAGUGGCCUCGUUGAAACCGCUGAAGAAUCCACCUUUGAAGAUUGUGGAGAUGUUCAGUAUGACGUCGAAAAUGGAAUGAUUCGUCUUCCUGAUUUUUCUGGCGAAAGUAUCCGCGAUUUGAAUUGCUCAUGGAGUUAUACUGCUCCAGCUGGUCGAAAGCUAUUAAUCAAAGUAGACAGCGUCCAUCUGCCACCAUUGGAAUUGAGGACAUCACAGUUCAAACUGUACAUAGAUGAUACGUUUUACGAUAUACCUCGAAACUGUGUCAAGUGCCUCAGGGAAAUGGUUGCAGGUAAAGUUCUGAAUGUAAUAUUCACGUCUUAUGUAUCAUCCUAUUCAGAAUCUCAUAUUAAAGAAUUCAACGAAACAUCAGUGAGUGCAGAAGGAAUCGGAUCUUUUCAGAUACGCUACAAAGCAUUCGAUCCUCACCGUUGUGGUAAACCAGAACAAAUUGAGAAUGGUCAUACAAUCAAUAAGGGCAGAAAGGUUGGCCAAAGUGUAUUUUACCAUUGUAAUCCACCUUAUGAUUUAAUUGGUGAUUCUGAAUUGCAUUGCAUUGUCACGGACGAAAAUCCAGUACCAGCAUGGAGUAGUAAAGUACCUAAAUGUGUUAUUCAAGACUGUACUGAGGGACCUGUUGUGAAACACAAUAGUCACGGUGCUAUAGCCAGUCCAGGCUAUCCAACACAUAUAUAUCAAUUUAAUGAACCUUGUAUUUGGGAAAUUAUUGCUCAACCCAACCAACAAAUUAAAGUUAGCAUUACUUAUUUGAAAUUUCCAAAACGUGUGAAUAAUUCUUUUUCGGAAAAUAUGUUUAGAUUGUCGCUCUUGGAUGGUGAUUCGAAUAAAAAUGUUUUAAACUUUACUGAAUCAAUAUCAUCAAAUAACCCAGUUAACUUUACUACUUUAACCAACAAGCUGAAUGUCGAGUUUGUUGCUGAUACUGACCGCAGGACUAAAGAAGAGGCCGGAUUCUAUUUAGAAUAUUCAUUUGUUUCUAAUUCCUGCUCUAAACCAAAGUCACCUGAAAAUGGUGAAGUGAUUGCUUAUAGUACCGAUUUGGGAUCCACUGUUACUUACAGGUGCAGAACAGGUUUUAUUCUUGUUGGAGAAUUAAAUGCCGAAUGUCUGUUCAAUCGACAAUGGAGUCACCCAACUCCGUCUUGUGAACCAAUUAAUGGCAAUCUACCUCCCUUCAUAACAGCUUCUAAUGACAGUGAUACGGUAACAGACAGGUUAUCUGAAAUACCAAGUUUUACAGAGACUGCAAAGCUACCCAAAGUUGGUAAAAAGAAAGCAACUGAAAUUAUGUCACCGAAAGAAGAACUCAACUUAACUGAGACGAAAGAAAAAUUAUCUGUGCCAAAGCAAAACCAGUUAAAUGAACAUUUCUCUUCAUUUCCUGAACCAGCUGAAACAAAUAUUAAAAAAUCUGAAAAAGAUAGUGGAUCUGGGCCGAAGUCCGAACCGCACCUUCUUCAAGUGAUCCCUCCGAAAGAUGGCGAAAAGAAAUCUACUCCCGAAGCACCUCGUGUUCAUGUGAAUUCCACCAAUCAACCACUUCCACCUUUAGACAAAGGCUACGCACAAGAGAUCGAUCUGGGCGGCUUGAAACUCAACCUCAUGAUGGUUUACCUAAUAGGAGGAGCCGGUAUUCCUCUCUUACUUAUUUUUGUUUUCCUCAUUGUUAUUCUAAUUUAUCGCAGGAAAUACCCUGUAAGGAUGCGAUUCGGUCGGAAGUUUUCGACCUUCGAAAAUCCCAUGUAUGUGACGAAAGAUGCUCAACAUCCCAGAGAACUAAAGCGAUUGACCACUUGAGAUAUGAUAUGUAGCUGGACAUUUGUAUCGAAAGGAAAAUAGGUUUUGAUAUGAAGAUGGAAAAAUGCCAAAUAUAUAACUUUUCCCAAAAGAAAGAGGAUGUCCUUUUAAAGUACGCGCCAAUUAUUUGCGAUUUUGGUAUGACUUUAAACCAGUGAAUGUGUUCCUUUGUCCAUUUUUUAAACAUAUUUAUUAUUUUAAAAUGUAUCGAAAGGCCAUUUUUAUGUCAAAAUAAUUUUUGUGAUGUCUCUUUCUAAAUGUUUUAUUUGAUUGCAAUUCUAAAGUGAAUACGCAUUUGUAAAUAAUUUUAGCAAAAUAUAUCUGAAAGGAAAGUAGUUUUUUGCUUUUAUUUGUUAAGAAAAUUUUAAUAUAAUUUUUCGGUUGUUAUUUAUGUUUCAUUUCUCAAUCAUUUGCAAUGUUAUAUAUGUUAUUGAUUUUCCGUUGAGAAAAUCUCCUACCGUUUUACUUAAAUUGCAUGUUUAAAGUCGCACUUAUAAAGAAAUGAUUGGGAACUUUUCAAAGGAGCUUUGUUCAUUUCGGCUGUAAGACUGAUUAACACCGGAAAAUAUUUCAAAAAGCUCUUUUAAUAAGUGGUUAUUUUUAUAUGAUUCAUACAUAAUCUUAGUAUGAUGUCCAAUUCAGUUAAAAAAAUCUGAAUUGACAUAGUAUGAUUCAAGAAAGAAAAUCUGAACUUUAAUUUUUAUAUUUCUUUUAAUAAAUUCUCUGCUACAUCUGAAGUAUUAAAUGGUUGACUCAUGUCUUGCUGACUUAACAUGGAAAAGCAAAUGAAAUUUUUGUUUUCUAUUUUACUUUUGACAGCAUCGAUAGGUAACAAAAGUUAAAACAAAGUUAAGUUAGCAGUUAAAACAUGUAUGGGUUUAUUUUAAAUGAACUAUAUUCUAUUUAAAUUGAGUGAGGAUUGAAAUUUAAUGACAUUUUAUAAGGCACAAAACUAUCUCCAAUUAAUAUAAGCGUUGUUCAACUUUAAGAGCCAUUUUAUCAUGCAUGAUGAAAAGUAUUCAGUAUACCUCUAUUUGGAAAUCAUACAUGAUACAUUCAUAUACCGUGGAGACAUUUGGCAUUCCCAUAUUGUUAUUCCCAUAUACACACAAUAUUAUCAUCGUUUUUCGAGUGUAACAUUUGUUAGAAAUUUUCUACGGCUGUUUUUUUAUUCAUAAUGAAGAUUGCUCACACUCAUCUUCAUUUUAUUUUACUGAGCUCAUUUUAUGACUAACUAUUUUCGUCGCAUCAAAAUUAGGAGAUGGAAAUUCAUUUCUUGAUCGCUGAUUUGAAUAGAUUUUUGGCAUUAAAGUUAGUAGAUUUUUUUUUCAAAUAGUAGUAAUAGAUACUUUUUUUUUUAAUUUCGCUUAGUUUUUCAUAGAAAAUUUCUAUUUCCUUGUAAAAAAUUGGAUAAAACAAAGAACUAAUUUUUUCGCAAGCAAUGUCACAGAUCUGACUUCAUUUGUUAUGAUGGUUUGGUUUGAUUUCAACAUAACGUCAUCUAGGUCUGUGGCUUUUAAUCAAUAUCGCUAGAGAAUUUAAAAAAUCCGUUAUAUUUCCAAUAAAUUAACUAUUCUUUAAAUUUACAAACAGUUUUUAAGAAAAAUCUAAUUUUUAAAUUUGAAAUGUCCAUACAUCAGUAACUUUGCAAUCUGGAUCUUAUAUUCAAUUAAAUUUCCAAUAAUAAUACCGUUUUAAUUCUUUGGGUGAAGAAAUUUCGAUUUAUAACGCUGGUUUACAAAAUAUAUACUUUAAUUUUUAAAGUUAUCUUCUUUUAAUAUUUUAUUACAGUGAAACCAAGUCAAUUAAUCUGAUAGAUCGUCAUUUUAACAUUUAUUCUAAUUAUCUGUUUGUAUUUCAGCGUCACAAUAUGUGAUUUAUUUAUUAUGAGUGAGAAGUUGGAAUCAUGUUUAGUUAAAGACAAGAUAUUCAUAAAAACCACUGGUCUGCUUUAAAAAAUGAAUGCUUGUAUUUUCCUCUGCUUCAAAUUAUUUAUCGUCAUUUCUUAAUGAUGUGAUUGGAUGAAACACCAACUUAAUAAUUGUUGUCGAAGAGCUUAAACUACGAGAAACAUUGACUCUUUUGAUAUGAAUCUUUUUUUCUCCCUCCCCCCGCCCCUCUGUUAUUUCCUGCUUUUACAGUGCGCGAUCUGAUCAAAUAUUGAGUCACAAUGUUUUAAAAAUAUGUCCUGCCAUUGUUUUCUUCUUUAUUUUUCAUUGUUUUUCGUGUUUGCCAUGCAUUUUAUCAUUUUCCUGUUAUUUAUUUCAAGUUUCUCCGCCUUUCAAUGACGUCUUAUGUGAGAGAAAUGCCAUUUUUUCACUGCUGUUCAUGUGCGACACCUCUUCCUCAUCUUUAUUCUCAAAGUGAUUUGACUGACCUUUUGUCAAAAUUUUUACUAUGAAAAUAUUUUGAAUGCAUUUUCAAUGAUGCUUUUAAAUCAUGUAUGACUCUGCGAUUAAUUUAAGGAAUUCAAAAACAGUAAAAGCUAAUGAAUGAAAUCUCAGUAUUUUUGCUAUUGUUGUUUUCGUAUUACUAAUAUAUCUUAUUUUUAGUUCAUGUGUGAUCAAAUCAAACUAUUGCCAAAAAAAAUGGCAACACGUUCUAGUACAGUACACGUUCUAAGCUAUGAAAGGUUGCCAUAUUUACAUUCUUUAUAUUAAUACAUUUUGCAUCACUUUCAUAUGUAAAUUAGUUUAAAAUAUUCCAAAUCUAAAUGAAAAUGCAAAAAUGUUUAUCUUAUUUAGAAUAGAUAUUGCCUACAUUUUAUGUUGGAUGUAUUAAGCUAUGAGAGUAUUUUAAAUGUGCAAGUUUCAUGCAUUUUUUGCUUGUUGUUCCUGCUUUAUAUUAUUGUUAGCGUUGUGUUGCCGCCGUAAGCAUAAAAUAUUCAUUGCACUCGCACUUUAAAUUCAUUGAUUUUUAUCUCCUUGGGUAAGUGAGCAUCUGUCUCUAGGAAAGGUUCUCAGUUGAUAUUUUUAUGUAGAAUAGUAUAUGUUGACUCGCACAUUUUAAAUAUUAAUACAUUAUGGUAAUUUUCGACUAUACACGCAUUAAUUUCUUGUUAGCAUCGAAAACGUUUUUCAUCCUACUUCCAUCCACAAGUUGCGUCCAUUUAUAAAGAUUUUUAUCUAUUUUCAUCAACAAAAAAUAAAUUACUUUACGAAUUUUUAAGCAUUAAGAUUAAAGUACUUUCUUUUCGGAUCGUUUGAGAACUGUUAAUUUAUCUUUCACAAAUCAUGUAAAUGAUAGUCUUAUAAGGGAGAAGUCAUUAUUGGAAUGAAUAAAAAUUUUCUAUGUUUUGAUGGACAAUAGAAGAUAUUACUCUGGCCAAAACAUUUUUCCCCACUUUUCCGAGCACAUUGCCAAAUUUGGAUUUCAUUAUCAGAUCUUUGUUUUUUAAAUAUUUAAUAAUAUCACAUUCAUAAUGUUUGUUAAUUGUUCGAUAUCGAUGAACUUGACAGUUAUUCCAAAUCUAGAUAAUUUUUUUUUCUAUUUCCUCACAAGAAAAUGUGCUUAUUUUGUAAUAAUACCGCGUAAGAAUUAAUUAUUGUUAUAUGGAUUUUUGUCAAAAAUUCAUAUUAACAAAACUGUUUUCGAUUUCAUCUAUUAUUCUCUUGCUCCAAAAAUUACUGUUCUUACAGAGUUUCCUUGCAUAUUCGUUUUGCCCGUCCAGUUUUAAUCUCUUAACAAAUCAUUUUCAAGUUACAGGUGCUCAUUCACCAGUUGCAAAUUUAAUAGCAAUGCUUGUUAUUGAAAAUCUGUAUUCUGUGUUACUGUUUACUUUUUAUAUGUAAGUGUCUGUAAAUUUUAUUUAUGUAUCUACGAACUUGCAUCUAUUACAUGUUUUUAUGCUAGUAUUUGUUAUGUUGUUGUAAAU